AUUUUACUAUGAAUUCAAGUCUUUUAUUGGCACAGACGAUGCAAUGACGUCAUUAAUCGCUCUGCGAGCGAUUAAAUCUGUUACAUUCGAAAACGCUAUGAAUUCGCGGAUCUCUUUUACUACACCUAGUGUAGAUCCAGCCUAGAUAAUGAAGAAUAUUGGAAAGAAGGCUUUCUUUUUCACGAUGACCCGGUGGCGGUGAUCAGUUGGAGAUUGCGACGCAUCAAUUGGCAGUGUUGGCACUACUGUCAUUCUUCUUCUCCCUUCUUGCCGCUUGCCGUAGUUCUCAUUGUUGCUGUUUUGUGGCCGGUGUGUUUGCUAGUUUACAUUUUUGGUUGUUUCUCUCAAGUAGAGCAUUUCUUUUCGAAAUUUGUCGAAUUUUACGCAGCGAAUUUCAUCAACGGAUAAUCGAGAUAAUUGAGAGAAAACAAAGGAGAUUUAUCGGAGGAGGUUGUCGGCGGCGGCGGAGAAGAUGGAAAAUUUGGAGGAGUGGUUGCAAGCGCUCGACGAGUUCCAGAAGAUACGUCCCACAGUGAUUCCACAAGAGCUGGAGGAUUAUUUAUGUUGGGUCGCUAAGACGGGCGAUCCCGUUUACCAAUGGCCAUUGAUCAAAACGCUCUUCAGGGAGAAGCUUACUCGUGUAAUGACAGAUUUUUACGAGAACUGUCCCAAUUUAGAAUUCACGACCUGUCCUAACGUAGAACACUUCAAUUAUGACGCUAUGAAAAGCAAUCUUCUGGAGAGAUUAGAGUCAUUCGCUAACGCACCGUUCACCGUUCAGCGGAUAUGCGAGUUACUGACGUCGCCGCGUAAGGAGUACAAUCGCGUGGAUAAAUUUAUGCGCGCCAUCGAGAAGAACAUCUUAGUGGUUUCGACGCGCGAACCAGGCCCUAUAGCUAGACGCGGUGAAACGGGAGACGGUAUGGUGAACGGAUCCGUCGAGGAGGACACAGCCUCGAUUACGCAGCAGCAACCAUCGCUACCACCACCUUCACCCUCGCCCUCACCCUCGCCAUCACCCUCGCCAUCACCAUCGCCAUCGCCAUCCCUGUCGCCCUCGUCGUCGCCAUCCUUGUGCUCAUCACAGUCACAGCUAUCAUCAUCGUCACCACCGUCAUCGCAGCCGCAGCAAACGACUCAACCGGUACAACCGACUUCUCAAGAUGUCGAGAUGGAAUAUUGGGAGAAGGAUUGUACCUCGACUGUCACCAUCAGCGUACACACUGUUGCUGAAACUGAACCGCCCCUUCUACACAAUGAUGUACCAAUUGCUGCUUCUCCAUUGACUAAAAGCGUAUUUAUCGCGGACGAGACUGCCCGAGAGAAGCUAGAACAAGCCUCCUCUAGAACAGAAAUUCCCACGUCUAAUUAUAUUUCUGCCACUUCAGAGUUUUCCUCCGUGUCAAAUUUAACUUUGCAGUCACACGAACCGGCAUCUCCAAACACAUCUACUGUUCCGAUCGUGCAAAAUCUACCAGCUGUUGAAACGGUGAUCAAUGACAAGAUCACCAGUGACUCGUCUGUUACUGAUAUAGCAGAGGUAAUUAUGAACGAGGACACUAACUCUCAAUCUAAUUUAGAUAUGGAAAAUGAGGAAAUUGAAGCAGCGACAACAGCGAGUUCUACUGCGACGACAACAACAACGACGACGACGACGACGACGGCGGCGGCGGCAGCGGCGACGCCGACGACGCCGACGACGCCGACGACGACGACGACGACGACGACGACGGCGACGACGAUGACGACGAUGACGACGAUGACGACGAUGACGACGACGACGACGACGACGACGACGACGACGACGACGACAGCGGCAACGGUGGCAAUAGCGACAACAACAGCAGCAACAUCGACGACAUCGGCGACGGCAACGGCAACGACAGUGACCGUGGUGGCAACGGUAAUACCCUUAACGACAGAUACUACGCGAAAUUUACAAGCUGCUUUCCAAGCAAAACGUUUUGAAUCUGAUAGCGAUAACAAGUGUUUGGAUAGUAAAACCGAUGAGAAAGGAUCAAUUCCAUCGACGAUAAUCAGCGUAGACGAGGAAGGAGUUGGGCAUUCCAUGAAAAACGAAGAAACGACGUUGAGCAAAUUGAAUUCCGAAUGUAUGGAUUCAAAUGAAAUGUCUUGUAUUGAAAAUAGAUUAACCGAAAAUUUAGUACAAACGGACAUUGAUAUGAGAUCCGACACUUUGGCAAAUAAUACCGAAAAUGUAAAUGCCAAAGAAAUAAUUUUAAAUAAAUCAGAGAAAGAGAAUACAUCGAUUCUCGAAGAUACAGACAAAGAAAAUUUGUGUUCCAAGAGCGGCGACGAGAUAAAAACGGCAAUAUUCAUCGAAUCUAAACUUGAAGAAAAAGAGAGUACAAUUACAUCCGACAAAUGUAUAAGCGCAGUCAUUGUAUCUAAUAAUGAAACAUUAUAUAAACCAGAGAAAACUGAGAUGUGCUCUAAAGAAAUGUCUGCGAUGAUUUCUUCCAAGGAAAGUUUUAUACAUGACCAAUUCAUAAGCCAAAAAGCUGAGAAUACACAAGUAACGGAUAAUGUUAUAGAAGCAGUUCCUAGAGUAGCAUCUCCCAAUAGUAAUGAUAAUGAUCAAGAAGUAGAGGUUCCUGAAUUUAGCACGGAUAAUUUAAAAGUUAUGGAAAUUUCCAAUGACAAGACUAUUCUUGUCGAACCUAUGAUAUCACUUCCAAUAAAUACAAUGGAAAAACCUAAAGAGGCAACAUCUGUAAUUGAAAAAUUGGUUCCUGUUUCACCUAUUAUCGAGAUGACAGAAAACUCUGAUAAUAUCAGUUGUCGAUCUUUGAAAGAUGAAAAGUUAACAGAAAUACAAGAUGAUAACUUAACAAAUGCACAAGAUAAUAAAGCAACAAUGUGUAUUACAACAAAAGAAAACCAAUCUUCUGUAAUAGAAAGUGUAAUUUGUAUAAAGGAACACGAAUCUACAGAAUUAAUGGAAAUUGACGACGAAGAAUCACUAUCGACGUUUCAACAGGAUGAACCUAUGGAGCAGGAAACAAUGGAGGAGUUGUCAAAAAGUUAAUCCUAACUUAUCUAAUCAAUUGCUGUUUUUCUCUGUUCAACAUUUGAUAUCUAUUUUUUUGGAUAGAUAUCGAAAUAAGAGCCAACACAUAAGUAUCUUUGCGCAUAAACAAGCUCCUUGUGCGUGGUAUACAUAUAAUUUCUACCUUCUACAACCGUUAAUUAUUAAUUAUAUGUGAAAUUUAAAUUAUGAGUAAAUAUUAAGUAGCUCUCAAUGAAGUUCUCUCGACUGAAUAGCUCCGGCAUUCACUCUUAUAAAGAGAUUUAUUGAAAUGAAUUUUCUAACUCUUAAAAAAAAAAGAACACUGCCUACUCCCAAAAGAUUGUAAUACUGAAAAACCGCUUGUGUAAAGAAGCCAGAUUUGGUAAACAUUUCAAUAUGAAUUUAUACAGAUACCGUAAAUAUCUGCUUAGAAUAAGGUUGUGCCUAUAAAUAUUAUGUAUAUUGUGUAUUGCACAAGUAUAUUUAAUAAAUAAAUUUUUAAAUAACGUGCGUAAAAUCAGUACCACAGAUUCGAGGAACAUCACGCGACCGAAGUAAACGAAACGUAGCGUCGUUUGUGUAAUCACAGCCUUAUACUAAGUUUCGAUUAAAUCUCGAAAUAUUUACAUCUCGGAAUUUAAAAUAGGCUAAUUCCGAAAAUAUAUUCGAGAUUGAUAAAAAAUAUACUCCUUACAAACCUUUCUAUACUGCGCAACAGCAUUUGGAGAUGUUAAAGCAGUGUUGCUUCGAAAAAAUAUGUAUUAAAACUUUGAUUGAACUAAUUUAAGAUCAAUAUUUCACGAAUGUAUCGCCUAUAACUGAAGAAUCAAUGUAUAAAGUAUAUUUCAUAAUUUUAUCAGUGGGCAAAUAAUUUCUUUUACAAGUGUUCGCUAUAUAUGUAUAAAAAAAAGAAAUUAGUAUGAAACUAAAAUUUGAGCUAGCUUUUUGACCUGCUCUUUUUAAUUGGAAAUAUAAUAUCCUGAUUCCAAGUAAAUAACUGAAUAGAAAUGUUAUCGACUCUACGCGGAUCUGAACGAAAUUCUUCAGGCAGCCCGUCACAAAUUCAUGAAAUUUUUUAAAAAUUGAUUCACACGAGUUAGGAUUCGUUAGGAUUAUUCCGAACCGCUUACAGUUAUAUGUAAUUGCACAAAAUAUUUUCAAGCGGAUUCGAAUUCAUUGAUGAUCUAUGAAAAUGUUAUUAGAAUAUAUCGUAGGAGAAUGGGAUAUUAAUUUAAUAAUUAAUAUAGAUUAAUAAAAAAAAAAAAAAAAAAACAACAUAACACACGAAUGUUGAUAUCUGAAAAGAAUAGCUGUACAUUAUUUUAUAAGAAAAUAUAUAAAAAUAAGAUUGUGUCAA